AUGAAAGUCAAGGAUGCCAUUUCCUCCAUGGUGGAGAGGCUGCAGGCGCUCGGUGACUCCAGCACGCUCAUCGAGACCUUCGUCAUUGGCGACACCUUCAAGGCUGCGCACGUCAAUCUCAGCUACCCUGGUCUUCUAUCGGUCAUGACCCACCCCUUGGUGAGGCUGGUCUCCGAGAACGGCGUGGUCACCAUCGGCCACGAGUCCGCCUGCCACGAGCAGAAGGACGUCAUCUGGAACUUGGACCGCAUCAACACGCGCGCGAUUGAUCUGGUCGACGACAACUACCACUACAGCUGGGCCGGCGAGGGCGUUGACAGCUACGUCAUCGACACCGGUGUGCAGACGACCCACGUCGAGUUCGGCGAGCGGGCCGAGUGGGGCGAUAACUUCUCCGGUGAUGGCGAGGACCGCGACUGCAACGGUCACGGCACCCACGUGGCCGGCACCAUCGCCGGCGAGCUCUACGGUGUGGCCAAGAGGACCAACAUCAUCGCCGUCAAGGUGUUGGCUUGCUCCGGCAGCGGAACGAACGCGGGCGUGAUUGCGGGCGUGCAGUACACCGUCAACCAGGCCCACAGCCGCAAGAGGCCCUCCGUGGCCAACAUGUCGCUCGGUGGCGGCCGCAGCACCCCAGUCAACGAAGCCGUUAACGCUGCCGUCAAGGAGGGCGUGGCCAUGGUCGUGGCCGCGGGCAACAGCCGGGCCGACGCCUGCAGCUUCAGCCCGGCCAGCGCCGACCUCGCCCUGACCGUCGCUUCGACCGAAAUUGCCGCCGUCGAUUCGAGCGAAGAGCAGGAGGACAAGCGCUCGUCGUUCUCCAACUUUGGCGCCUGCGUCGACAUCGCCGCGCCCGGCUCCCUGAUCAAGGCCGCCUGGAUCGACAAGGAGGGCAUCGCGCCCAACCACGUCUACAACGUCAUCUCCGGCACGUCGAUGGCCUCGCCCCACGUGGCCGGCGUGGCCGCGGUGCUGCUCAGCGCCCAGCCGGAGCUCAAGCCGGCCGACCUCGCCGCGCGCCUGGUGGCCGACGCCAACCUCGGCAUGGUCGACUUUGACUGCAACGGCAACGAGGCCUGCGAGAAGACCCCCAACGUCCUCCUCCACACCAACACCUGCGCCUAA